CCUCUGGCAGGGGGUAAGGAUGUCACCAGCCCCACCUUGCAGCAGCGCAUGGAGCACCGGUGGGGAAAUCCCAUGGGAGCCGCAUCCUGGGCCAGCAGCAUGCUGGUGCAGAAACGGAGCCAGAACUCCAAAAUGGUCUCCAACGCUCAGAAGGUCCCUUUGGGCUCUGCGGUUGCAGGGGGGAGGCACAGGGAGAGCAGUGGCAGCCCUGCGAGCCCCCCGGAGCCCUUGCCUGGCCUGCUAGCACCAGGCAUGGCACCGGCCCCACCAGGUGCCUCUUCUGUCACCCUCUCCUGGAGCCACUUUCCAGUUUCAUGGGCACGGUGACAUGCUGAGCUUCCGAUUUCCCACUCUGUAAGUCAAAGAGCCACCAAAGGAAGCACUGGUGGUGCCUCAGGGUGGUCUGAGGUCCCUGGGGCUGUCACCCAGGGGCCUGGCCCCGCAACCAAUGUCUGCCUGUUCCCUGCCCACGGCCACCAGUAACCCCCCGGUGCUCCAAUACAGGAUUCAGCCUUAACGCGGCUGUGGGGAAAGAGCUUGUGGGUGCCUCGGGGUGUGCCCCUGAGCGGGUGGGUGUCCCUACAUGGGUGUCCUCGUGUGGGUGCCCUUACAUGGGGUGCCCCCGGGAGGGUGUCCCGAUGUGGGGGUGUCCCGGUGCGAGUCCCCCAGUGUGGGUGUCCCUACAUGGGUGCCCCAGUGUGGGGGUGUCCGGGGGUGGGUGCCCGGGCACAGCCCGUCCCUCCGCUGCCGCCAGGUCCCGGCGCGGGGUUCGGCGGGGCGGGGGCGCGGCCGCUCGCUGCCCGGUGCCGCGGCGGUGACAGCCGGGGGCGGGCGGGCCGGGGCCGGGGGCGGGGGGCCCGGCCGAGUUCCUGCCUCCUCGGGAACAAAGGGAACUCUGUCUCGGCAUCUGUCACCGCCGCCCACCCAAAACUUUUCGCCGCGCCUCGGCCGCCCGCCCCGCCGCCGCGGGAGGGUCCCGACGCCCCCCGGCCCCGGCACCGACCCCGGCGCGGCCCAUGCAAGGGCCGAGGCGGCGGCGGCGGCCCGGGGGCUUCAGCCAGGGGCGGUCGGCGGGCAGCUCCACCAUGUCGGAUAGCGACCUCGGGGAGGACGACAGCGCCACAUCCCCGGACCCCUCGCAGUCCAACAAGAGGAAGAGAAGGGGCAACCUCCCCAAGGAGUCCGUCAAGAUCCUCCGGGACUGGCUGUACGAGCACCGCUUCAAUGCCUACCCCUCGGAGCAGGAGAAGCUCAGCCUCUCGGGGCAGACCAGCCUCUCCGUGCUGCAGAUCUGCAACUGGUUCAUUAACGCCAGGAGGCGGCUGCUCCCUGACAUGCUGCGCAAGGACGGGAAGGACCCCAACCAGUUCACCAUCUCCCGCCGAGGGGGCAAAGCUGGCGACGUGGCCCUGCCGCGGGGGGCUGCAGCUGGCUCCGGGGUGCUGGUGGUACCUCCCAUGACGGCCGCAGGGGCCUCCAAGGUGCUGUCGAUGUCCGUGUGCCCGCAGGUACUGUGCCACCCUGCCCAGGCGCUGGGUAGCAACCUGACAGUGGUCAGUGCCCACAGCCCCGACUGGGAGAAGCCCCCUGGCCCCCAGCGAGCAGAGCCAGACCCUGCCCCCAAAGCGCUGCUGGGUGCCACCAGCAGCACCAUGACCUUGCUGGCCCGGGCUGAGGCGGCCAGCCCCACCAGCGGACUCUUCAACACGCCGCCCCCCACGCCCCCUGAGCUCUUCGGCGAUGACUUCAGCAGCUUCCAGCUGCUGGUGGAAGUGGCGCUGCAGAAGGCAGCCGAGCUGGAGUUGCAGCGGCAGGGGGGGCAGCUGCCCCUCUCGCCCCAGACUGAGCCCCUGGGAGCCUCCAUCUCCAAAUAACCCCCCAGGGGAGGUCCCACAGGGUGCCCUUCCCUGAGGGGUGCCCGACCUUCCCAGCCUUGUGCCACUUGUCUGUGUGCACCCCCCCCCCCCCCCCCCCCGAGUAGCUUAUCUCAGAAGUGGACUCCUGCCUUCCAGGGGCUCCGGUGUCUCCCUCAGCCGAGGGGGCAGAGGAAGGACAGUGCCAUCCUGCCACCUUCUCGCUGGGGAGAUGCCCCCUGCCUGCUGCCCUUGCUGCUGAGGAUGGUGCCCCAGGUGCGCAGGAGGAUGCGGCCACUGCAACCGAGCUGUUGUGACAAGACCUUUGUGGCUUCACUGACCUCUUCCUGCUGCGGCUGACGGUUACUGUGGAGCUCCCCUUGGAAAACCUGCUGACUUCUUUUUUUCUCCCCUGUAAACAACGGUCCAGCCAACACCAUUUCUUCAGGGAGAGAAAGAGAAAAUUUUAUUUUUUUUAAAUUGGUGUCUGUUUUAAGGACUAUGGAUGAAAGCCUUUCCUCCCAAAUCUCUGAUCCCUUCCCACCCCCCCACCCCCUUUUGUUUGUGGAGGGCCUUUCUGGUACCUUGUGCUGGCCAGGAGCCCUGCCUUGCCCAGGGAAGGGCAAAGGAUGGAUGAACUGGAAACCUGAAGUCUGUGGCAUUUUUUCACAUGGAGAAUAUGGGACCCUCCUUUUCUGCUUUAGGGUGUUACAGAUGCUGCCAGUAGAAAUCUCUAUGGUGCUGUUUAGCAACUUUUUGUUGAAACAUUUUCCCUUUAAUUGUGAUUUAUUACAGGAUUAUUUUUUUUUCUUCUAUAAGAAUUUCCACAACUUCCCUGUGUUUCUCUUGAGUUCCUGCUGAAUAUGUGCACAUUCUGUCCUGGAACAGAAAGCGCAUUGCAGAGCCUGUGAAACGCUGACAGCAGGCUGCUGCUGGGGGUGGACGCAAAGCUGACUGUGAAAUUUUGUACCCAACUUCUUUAUUUUUUUAUUUUUUAUU